GGAUGCCUGAGGGGCAGUGGGUGUGAGCAGCUCUUUAGAAGAGUCAGGAAGAGGAGGAGCUGGGGAGAGGUCAACUGUGGGCUUCCCCCACAAGCUGCUGUACAGACCAUAGCCGCUUUGGGACCUGUGGUCUAGAAGAUAGGAGAAAGGGUGAGCAGGCCAGAAGACCCAGCCUAGCCAGACUUUGAAAGCCGCAGAGGCACCAUGAGUACCGAAGAGGACACCAAAUGGCUUCAGUGGGUGACGCACCAGUUUGAGACCAUUGCGGGGGAAGACCGGGAAAUCGAUCUGCAAGAAUUCAAAGCAGCCCUCAAUGUGAAAGAGUCCUUCUUUGCCGAGAGGUUCUUCACUCUGUUUGACUCGGAUGGAAGUGGCACCAUCACCCUCCAGGAGCUGCUGGAGGCGCUGACCCUGCUCAUCCACGGCAACCCCAUGGACAAACUCAAAUUCCUCUUCCAGGUGUACGACGUCGACGGCAGCGGGUCCAUCGACGUGGACGAGCUGCGCACCGUGCUGCAGUCAUGCAUGCGCGAGAGCGCCAUCUCGCUGCCGGACGAGAAGCUGGACCAGCUGACGCUGGCGCUCUUUGAGUCCGCAGACAAGGACUGCAACGGCGCCAUCACCUUCGACGAGCUCCGGGACGAGCUGCAGCGCUUCCCCGGGGUCAUGGAGAACCUGACCAUCAGCGCCGCCCACUGGCUGACGCCCCCAGCCGCCCAGCCGCGCCGGCGGCGUCCCCGCCUUCUGACCUCAGCCUACUGGCACAACCACCGCAGCCACCUGCUCUGCCUGACAGCCUACACGGUCCUCCACGUGCUGCUCUUCGCGCUGGCGGCCAGCGCGCACCGGGCCCGCGGCCCCAGCGUCAUGGUGGCCAAGGGCUGCGGCCAGUGCCUCAACUUCGACUGCAGCUUUAUCGCGGUGCUGAUGCUGAGACGGUGCCUGACGUGGCUGCGGGCUACCUGGCUGGCGCAGGUCCUGCCACUGGAUCGAAACAUCCAGUUCCACCAGCUCAUGGGCUACGUGGUGGUUGUGCUCUCCCUGGUGCACACUGUGGCCCACGUUGUGAACUUCGCGCUUCAGGCUCAGUCCGAGGACAGCCCCUUCCGGUUCUGGGAACUGCUGCUCACCACCAGGCCUGGCAUCGGCUGGGUCUAUGGCUCAGCCUCCCCGACUGGUGUGGCUCUGCUGCUGCUGCUGGUCCUCAUGUUUGCCUGCUCCAGCUCCUGCAUCCGGAGGAGUGGCCACUUUGAGGUGUUCUACUGGACCCAUCUGUCUUACUUCCCCAUGUGGAUUCUGCUCAUUUUGCAUGGGCCCAACUUCUGGAAGUGGCUGCUGGUCCCUGGCAUCCUGUUCUUCCUGGAGAAGAUCAUCGGGCUAGCAAUAUCCCACAUGGGAGCCUUUUGCAUCGUGGAAGUCAAUCUCCUUCCCUCUAAGGUCACCCAUCUCCUCAUUGAGAGGCCCCCUCUCUUCCACUACAGGCCAGGCGACUACUUGUACCUGAAUGUCCCCAGCAUUGCACGCUAUGAGUGGCACCCUUUCACCAUCAGCAGCGCUCCAGAGCAGAAAGACAUCAUCUGGCUACAUGUGCGGUCCGAAGGCCAGUGGACAAACAGGCUAUAUGAAUCGUUCAAGAUGUUGUGCCCCAUGGACUGUGGCUCUGGACAGCUGUCAAAGAGUCUGAAGAGGAGAAGGAGCCAGAGGAGGCCCCAGAGCUUGCCCAGCCAGCCCAUGCAUUCAGGAACCUCGGCACAGGGAGCAGUGGCCUUCAGCAGGGACGUCACCGUGGAGCUGACCUCCUACAGGCCCAAGGGAACUCCACAGCAGGGAGACCAAGGCGUGGUAGGCACGGGGACUGAGGAAGGGGCUCCAGCCCAGCGGGGAGCCCCAGCCCAUCUGGGCCCAGUCUCUGAGAUGUCCUCUGAGAACCACCUGCUUUGUAACAUCAAGUGCUACAUCAGCGGCCCCUACGGAACCCCCACCCGCAGGAUCUUUGCCUCUGAGCACGCGGUACUCAUCGGGGCGGGCAUCGGAAUCACCCCCUUUGCCUCUAUCCUGCAGAGCAUCAUGUACCGGCACCAGAAGAGGAAGCACAUUUGCCCCAGCUGCCAGCACUCCUGGAUGGAUAGCAUCCAGGAUGAGGACAUGAAGCUCCGCAAGGUGGACUUCAUCUGGAUCAACCGAGACCAGCGGUCUUUUGAGUGGUUUGUGAGCCUGCUGACCAAGCUGGAGAUGGACCAGGCUGAGAUGACCCAAGAGGACCCCUUCCUGGAGCUGCACAUGUAUAUGACCUCUGCACUGGGCAAGAAUGACAUGAAGGCCAUUGGCCUGCAGAUGGCUCUCGACCUCCUGGCCAAGAAGGAGAAGAAGGACUCCAUCACGGGCCUCCAGACACGCACCCAGCCUGGGCGGCCCGACUGGAACAAGGUGUUCCAGAAGGUGGCUGCUGAGAAGAAGGGCAAGGUGCAGGUCUUCUUCUGUGGCUCCCCAGCCCUGGCCAAGGUGCUCAAGGGCCACUGUGAGCAGUUCAGCUUCAAAUUCUUCCAGGAGAACUUUUAGCCUCAUCUCUCCCAGUGCUGCCCAACCCACACUGCCAGCCAGCUUGACCAUAUGCUCCCAUGCCCCACAGAGACCGGCCUCAGAGGACCCACCUUGUCCCACUCCACCCCCAGAGAAGGAGCGGCCAGGGGCAGGUGGACUUCCUUCAAGACCCCGGGAAAAGUGGGGUGCGUUCCGGGUUUUGCUGAGAAACUGACCAGGCCAGAGGCCAGCGGCUCCAGAAGGAAGUACAGAGGGGGCCACUGCCCCUCCAAAAGUCCUCUGAGGGAGGCUUCCCCUACAACAGUGGUCCCACACCUGCUUAAUCACCACAGUCAUUCGGGAUUUUAUCCCGACAUUUUCUUAUGAAAAUUUUCAAACAUAAAGAUAACUAAAAGAAUUGUACAGUGGAUGGUUACCCAGUUGCUGGAUUCCUCUGUUAGCGUUUUGCUAUAUUUGCUUUUCUGCAUAUUUUCCAUCUAUCCCUCUCUCUAUCUAUCAGUGCCCCUUGUUUUUCUGAUGUAUUUUAGAGCAUGUUUUGUCACUCCCUGCAGUGGAGAAGUUAGCUAAGAGGGUGUCCUGACUUAGGGCUGGGGUAUGCAUUGGGAAUGCGCCAAAGUCAUUUGGAAAGUUGGCAGAGCGGAGUCCGUUUAGCAUAGUACUUCUCUGUCUCUCUGUCUGUCUCUCUCUCUCUCUCUCUCUGUUCACCUAGAAUGUUGUAUCACGCAGACAGUGGGAGCAGAUAGAGGAACUUGAAUACAGAUUCUAAAAUCCAUUAAGGGUCCACAUGUUUGACUUAGGAUCACACAAGUCCUAAGGCUUUCUCGCCAGACAUACUCCAGGUAGCCACUGGAGGGCGCUGCGGAACCAGAGAUCUUGGAGGUUUUGCUUGCUGGGAGGGAGGGGUUCCUGAGCUGCAGGGAAUCCAAGACCCGCCAGAGCAGACUGUGCCCCACCCUGAAGCCCUGGCUCUAGGCAACACCUCGAGGCCCAGACGUGGGUGGAUCUGUGAAGUCAAGAGAAUUCGUUUUCAAGAUCGGAGUUCUCUAGCUGCCGUUCCCUAACAGCCCCUCACAGAUGCACAUACAGACCCUCUCCCUACCAUACCCACCCCCCCAUGCCUCCCACCCUGGACCCACUGUCCAGGUUCUGGGGCUUUCCAAGUUUCCAUCUGUAAGGUCAGCAUAGGCCUGGCUGAGCAUAGGUCCAGGCUCUGCCCUGGGGCUCUGCCACCUCUUAUCAUUGGAGGUGCAGGAUCAAAUGUGGGGUCUGUCCAUCUGGAUAUUGCCUGGAUGUCCAGAUGGGGGCCCUGCCACCAUCAACAAGAGAAACAAACGCAUCCGUAUGGCUGACUGACUUUCCUCCUUAGACAUUUGUGGGUCUAAGAGGGCUAAGGAGGGCACACAGAAAAGGAACAGAAGGUUGGGCGCCUGGGUGGCUCAGUGAGUUAAGCCGCUGCCUUCGGCUCAGGUCAUGAUCUCAGGGUCCUGGGAUUGAGGCCCGCAUCGGGUUCUCUGCUCAGCAGGGAGCCUGCUUCCCUCUCUCUCUGCCUGCCUCUCUGCCUACUUGUGAUCUCUGUCUGUCAAAUAAAUAAAUAAAAUCUUUAAAAAAAAAAAAGAAGAAGAAGAAGAAAGAAAAGGAACAGAAGGAACACAGGCUAACUACAGAUAAAAGGUGCAUUAUGUGAAUGUGAGCUCCCCACACUGUCAGCUCCCCACAGCCAGGCCUGCAGCCCCAGAAUCUAGCACAUAGGGAGCGGCAGUAGGCCUACCCCACAUGUCGACUCCCACAAGGCACAGGUCCUACAUAACUGGAAUGAUCCUUGGGAAGGAAAGGUCCUCUGCACAUAGCUGUCAUUUUAAUCUGGGAAACCAAGGCGUGAACUCGAGCCCACUGAAGGAAUCCCUUGGCCAGGCUCCACGAGGCUGCUCUGCUCUGAGGACAGCUCUGACAGAGGCAGCAGGUGCUCCUGAAACCCUGAGACAGGCCCACCCAGACCAACAACACGCCAAGAGCCCACAAGCGUUUUCGGGUAGGGAGGGUGACAACCAGUGGCAAUGGUGCGAGGUGUCACAGUCUGGCAGAGUCAAGAUUAGGGAGGGAUUAGAGACAAGACUGGCGGUGGGCGGACACCUUGGAGACGUGUGGAGAAAGGACCUUUGCUCUCUGAAAUCAGGGCACGGGCUGCCAAGUUUGCCUCUGUCCCAGUCAGCUGUGUGACCUUGGGUCUGCCCUGGGACGUCUCUGAGCUGUCGCUUCCUCACCGGUAGGAUGAACAGAUUAAGGAUGAAUAUUUUUAAGUACUGGUAUAUGCGUAAUCCUUUCUUAAGAAAUACGCAAAGAAUAUAUGUUUCUCAUCUGUUUGCUUUGGGGAGUGGGAAUGGAGGGACAGGGAAAGGGUAUUGUUUGAGGGUUGUUUUAUUUUGUUUUUCUUUUUAUCUUCUACCCCUCUGUAAAGUUUGAAGUUUUUAAUGAUAAAUGGCUGUAGAUUUUAUAGUUUUUUUUUUAAAGGAUGUUAAGUAAAAGGAAAAAGAAAAAAACCUCACAUAACCCAAAAUAAGCAACACAUGUGUAUAGAGCAAGGGAAAAAUUGGUAGAAAUACAUUGGAAGACAGGAAACACACCAAACGUUCCCAGUGGUCAACGGCGGAGAAGAUAAAGGAGGACUUUCACAUGUUCCUCUUUUAUUUUGCACAUUCGUGUAUUACCUUGUAAUGUUUCACCUUAUGGUAUAGGAAUUUUACCCCUGGCUCUUCAGGAAUUGCUUGAAUUUUCGCUCCUAAUCUAUGUCCUUAGGUUAAGGCCUAUAUAGUUUUGUGUUUGUUUGUUUUUUCGAGAAUAAACAAAAUAGAUUUGAAGUUA